AUGAGACGAUCCUAUGACGGUGCAGGCCUAGCAGCCACAGUAGCCACUGUUCUUCAUGUCCUUAACCUUCUCAUAUCCCUAUACGCUGGUGCUGCCAAUGCUGAACAGCCUGUGUACAUGUCGUCGGAAGGUUACGAUGAAGGUCGGUUUGGCAAAUACCCGGUUCAAAAAUUCAAGUCUGUGGAACUUAUCGCGCCUCGACCAAACAUUGUCCGUCAGGAUAGUCGAUGCUCAAAAGAUUUGAUGACUUUCCUUUCUCCUCGUGGCUAUGUUGAGCAAGCAACUCAUCCUCAAGCAACCAUUCUGGACCACAAUGGCCAUUUGAUUUGGACUUCAGGGUGGGACAAGAAACAAAUUUACAACCUCAUGACGCAGCAAUACAAGGGCCACAACUAUAUUACCUUUUGGGCAGGUAACGACGCCGUAGGCGGUCACGGCGCAGGUUCUUAUUACAUGUUGGAUGAAACGUACAAUAUGACGCGGCGCUUGCAUGCGGCCAAUGGCCUCAAAGGUGACUUGCAUGAAUUUCGGUUUACGCCGCAAGGCACAGCUCUUAUCACUGUAUACGAUGUUCAAGAGGUAGACCUAUCCACCCUCGGCAAGAAAUCAGGACCCAUUUGGGACUGUCUUAUUCAAGAAAUUGACAUCGAGACUGGUGACCUGGUAUUUGAGUGGCGAGCAAGUCAGCAUCUGAACAUCGCAGACACAUACCGGCGUAUUGGCGGCGAAGGCGAACCCGGCGGUGCCCCUUUUGACUGGUUCCAUAUCAACAGCAUAGACAAGGAUGUGCAAGGAAACUACCUCAUUUCCAGCCGAUACUUCAACAGCGUUUUCUACAUCGACGGGAAAACGGGGAGCGUCAUUUGGACGAUGGGAGGCAAAGGAAACAAAUUCAAGGAUCUCUCCGGUGGCAAAGCAACGAAUUUUGCAUUUCAGCACGACGCUCGAUGGGACAAUAACUAUCAGGAGAUUACCCUCUUUGAUAACAGUCACGACGGUGGACCUUUGGCAAAUGCCCAUCCCAGAGGCAUGCGUCUCCGUGUGGACCAAGUUCUCAUGACGGUCGAGCUUAUCACCGAGUACAAGAACCCAACCCAUGUCCCUGCAGCUUCACAGGGCUCACUACAAAAUCUCCCCAAUGGAAAUGUGCUCAUAGGUUACGGCUACAGCGGCCUGUUCACCGAGUUCACGCGCGAGGGUAAGGUCUUGUGCGAGACGCACUACGGUCCACAGAGUCGAUAUGGCACGGGCGAUGUGCAGUCGUACCGUGUUUUCAAGUUCAACUGGCGGGCAUCCCCAGAGACUGAUCCUGACCUGGCCAUCUCUCAGGACGGUGCAAUGGUGUGGAGGGCUUAUGCCAGCUGGAAUGGUGCAACCGAUGUUUCUGCUUGGGUGCUUCAGGGCACAGAUAGUCCCAACGCCGGAAAGUGGAAGGUCAUUGAGAAAAAGAGCAGGUCGGGGUUUGAGACAGACUUUUUAUUGGAAGCCGAUCACCCAGACUACAUUAGAGUUGUGGCCGUGGACUCGAAAGGAAACACGCUCGGAUCCAGUCAACCAGCCAAUGCUACUAAGGUGGCGAUUACCUACAAGAUUGACCGACCCAAAGCAUCAAUCGAGUAUGAAAAUACAUGGACAUGGUUCACAGGUGUUGCUACAGGCUUUGGACUUGUGGUAUUUGCUUUGGCUCUUCGACCUGCGAUCAAGGCUUGCUUUACAUGUCGUCGACGAACAGCCCAGUACAGCUUACUGCCGACCGAUGAAGACAAGGCGGCGACUUCAAAGGGCAUCCAUUUGACGCAGUUUUGA